AUGUGUUUCGUCGUUUGUUGCAUCCAGCAAAAGAAGAUGGAUCUUUUCAGCCUAUUCGGAAAGCCGUGCUGGGCUCCACGGAUUAUACGCAUAGACGGUGAAGAACAAGUGGCACAAAUGAUUGGAUGCUCAAGAUCGAUCAUGCAUCUACAAAAAAUAAUGGAGAAGUUUGACUGGAAAGUGUCAAUCCGUGUUAACAUUUUUAUACUCAGAUUUGCGGGUCUGUGGCCGAAAAAUAACAUUUACAAAUACAACAUUUACACCCUUUACUCUCUGGUUGCAAUAAAUGUCUUCAUCAACGGUCACAACCUUUUUCAAGUGGCGAACAUAUUUUUCGUUUAUAAGGACUUGGAAGCCUUAACGGCAAUAAUAUUUAUAACUUUCACCGAAAUCUUGGCAUCAUUCAAAGCGUUCUGCUAUGUACGUAAUAUGGGUAUGCUUAGAAACUUGAUGUCUGAUCUACAAGAAAAUAUAUUUCAACCUAGAAAUGAAAGGCAGAGAAUUUUAGUGCAACGUUGUUUUGACGAAUGGAAAUUCGCGUAUGUGUCCUAUUUUGUUCCUACUAUCAUAACGCUGGUUUUAUGGGCAGCUUUCCCCAUAAUGGAUGGGACGUUCAAGCAGUAUCGGUUACCAUUUUCGGCUUGGUACCCCUACGACACUCAAACUUCGCCACUUUAUCAAAUUACAUACAUUUAUCAAGUUCUCGGCAUCUGGUUUCUUGCUAUCACUCAUUUAAACAUGGACAGUAUGAUAACAGCACUGAUGAGUUGUGUGAAAUGUCAGUGCGAAAUUUUGUGUGAUAACGUGAGAAAUCUACGUAAUUGUGAACGUGGAACUUAUAGCGAGAAAUUAGUUGGUUGUAUACAACAUCAUCAGAAAAUUUUAAGUUUUGCUGAUACUUGUAAUAAAUUUAUCGACAAAGUGGUCUUGGGACAAUUUUUUAACAGUUUGAUGUCGUUGGCACUAGCAAUGUUCGAAUUAACGUUGGUGCGGCCGUUGAGCAGCGAAUUUUGUUCUUUCUUGUUCUUUGUGGGGUCGAUUUUGAUGCAAGUUUUUCAAUUUUGCUGGUUUGGAAAUGAAAUUGGAUUGAAGCUGCAUUUUCCUUCCAAUACUCUUAACGACAAAUAG